AUGGAAGCAAUAAGAUUAUUGCUUGCCUAUGUGGCCUACAAAAGAUUUAAACUCUUCCAAACGGAUGUCAAAUUGUAUGUGGAUGACAUUGUGUUCGUUUUUGCAAAUGAAACCUUGUGUGAAGAGUUUGGAAAACUAAUGACUAGUGAGUUUGAUAUGAGUUUGAUGGGAGAACUCACAUUCUUCCUUGGAUUACGAAUCAAACAAACUCCUAGUGGUAUUUCUAUACACCAAGAUAAAUAUGCCAAAGAAUUAGUAAAGAAAUUCAGUUUAGAAAAUUCUAAACCUAUGAGUACUCCAAUGCAUCAUAAUACAAAACUUGACAAGGAUGAAAAUGGGAAAGAUGUUGAUAAGACUCAGUAUAGAAGAAUGAUCGGAUCACUUAUGUAUCUAACAUCCUCUAGACUGGAUAUUGUUCAAAGUGUGGAUGUGUGCUCUAGAUUUCAAUCUCACCCAAAAGAAUCACAUCUUUCGGUUGUUAAAUGGAUCAUUAGAUACAUUAAAGGCACAUCUGAUCUUGGUCUAUGGUUUCCUAAAACUGAUGAAUUCUGUAUAUUUGGGUAUUGUGAUGCAGAUUUUGCAGGUUGCAGGGAGACAAAACUGAAUAGAUUACGACUUCCUCUGAGGAUUAAACAAAGUUUUGAACAUUUCUUUUGA